GUGUUACACUGAUCUGUUUCCGGGUGGUAAUAAGGGAGCGCUGCUGUGGUUCCGGGCGGCAGUAGGAGGAAACAUGGCGGCGGAGGGAGAUGUGGAUCUGGAUCUGGAGGCGGAGGAGAACUGCACCGGGAAGCCCACAGAGAAACCCCGCAAACACGACAGCGGCGCGGCGGAUCUGGAGCGGGUGACGGACUAUGCGGAGGAGAAGGAGAUUUCCAGCUCGGACCUGGAGACGGCGAUGUCCGUGAUCGGAGACAGGAGAUCCAGAGAACAGAAGGCGAAACAGGAACGAGAAAAAGAAUUGGCUAAAGUGACGAUUAAGAAGGAGGAUGUGGAGCUGAUAAUGGGGGAGAUGGAGAUCUCGCGAGGUGUGGCGGAGCGAAGUCUGAGAGAACACAUGGGGAACGUGGUGGAGGCGCUGAUCACCCUGACCAACUGAACAUCACACACACACACACACACACACACACACACACACACACACACACACACACACACAAUCACAUCCCCCCCCCCCCCUUCCCCUCUGUAUUGUGAUUUUAAUAAACUGUAAUAAAAUAUUUCAGCUGUUUA